AUGUUUUAUGCAAAUCGUGCUCUUUCGAUUGCCAAAGCCUGCCGAGUUUCAAGAAGCAUCUCUCGAGUAGAAAGCAUCUACUGGACGAGGACGUGGUCAAAGAACUACGUGGCAAAGCCUGAAUACGCCACAGCUCAAAUAGCGGUGUGGUGGGACAUGAUCGACUGCCCCAUUCCGGAGGGUUAUGUUGUUUGGAUGAUUKUUGUACCAGGGAAAGGCCAUGAAGCAUAUCAGCUUGAAGGUGAUAAGAAAGAGUUUUAUGAUGACCGAGAAGAAUGCCGGGAAGCAUAA